UGGUGCUCACGCUGGACCCCGCGCAGCGCUACCAGAAGGUGAAGGGCUUUGGCGGCUCCGUCACCGACGCGGCUGCCAUCAACAUCCUCUCGCUGCCCGAGCGGGCGCAGGAGCAUCUGCUGCGCUCCUACUUCUCCGAGGAAGGGCUGGAGUACAACCUGAUCCGCAUCCCCAUGGCCAGCUGCGACUUCUCCCUGCACGCCUACACCUACGACGACGUGCCCUUCGACUACGAGCUGGCCCACUUCAGCCUGCGCGACGAGGACACCAAGCUCAAGAUCCCCGUCCUGCGCCGAGCCAUGGCCAUGUCCAAGCGGCCGCUGUCGCUCUACGCCAGCCCCUGGACGUCGCCGGCCUGGAUGAAGACCAGUGAGUCCUUCGUGGGCAAGGGCACGCUCAAGGGGCAGGCAGGGGACAAGUACCACAAGACCUGGGCCAACUACUUUGUUCGGUUCCUGGACGAAUACGCCAAGCACAACGUGACCUUCUGGGCCGUGACGGCGGAGAACGAGCCCACGGCCGGGCUCAUCAACAACUACCCCUUCCAGUGCCUGGGCUUCACGGCCGAGCAGCAGCGGGACUUCAUUGCCCGCGACCUGGGCCCCGCGCUGGCCAACAGCUCCCACCGCGACAUCCGCCUCAUCAUCCUGGACGACAACCGGCUGCACCUGCCGCACUGGGCCAGGGUGGUGCUGGAGGACGAGCGGGCGGCUCGCUACGUGCACGGCAUCGGCAUCCACUGGUACCUGGACUUCAUCGGGCCCAUCAAGGACACGGUGGUGCCCACRCACGAGCUCUUCCCCGACUACUUCAUCCUGGCCACGGAGGCGUGCAUCGGCUCCCACUUCUGGGAGCGGGACGUGGCCCUGGGCUGCUGGGAGCGRGGCAAUCAGUACAGCCACAGCAUCCUCAUGAACCUCAACCACUAUGUGGCCGGCUGGACCGACUGGAACCUGGCGCUGGACCUGGAGGGCGGCCCCAACUGGGUCAAGAACUACGUGGACAGCCCCGUCAUCGUGGACCGCGCUGAGGGCAUCUUCUACAAGCAGCCCAUGUUCUACCACAUGGGGCACUUCAGCAAGUUCAUCCCCGAGGGCUCGCAGCGCGUGGGGCUCGUCGCCUCUGCGGAGCCCAAGGGCUGCGACCUGGAGCGCGUCGCCUUCCUGCGCCCCGACGGCGCCGCCGUCGUCGUCGUCCUCAACAGGAGCCCACAGGACGUGAGCUUCGCGCUGGCCGACGGCGCCGGCCUCAUCCACACCGUGGCCCCAGCCAACUCCAUCCAGACCUACCUGUGGCGCCGGCAGUGAGGACGCCGCUGAGGGCCGGGACAGGACUG